GGCAGCGAGCCGUGGGCGGCGUGGCGCUGCAAGCAGGGCGCAGGGCCGGAGGUGCUGGGGAUCGGCGGGGCUUAGCCCACCGAGCUGCGGCGUAUCGCUCGGGAAAGCUCAGCCUCACACGCAGGAGAAGCAUCAGGCAGAGGCGGCCCCCACUGACUAGUGCUGGGCCUUGGGCCGAGUGGGGCCGAGAGCUGCGGGAGUAAGCGGCGGCGGGUCCCGAGCGCUGCGCGCCAUGGCGGGCGGGCCCCCCAAGGCCCUGCCGUCCACGGGGCCCCAGUCCUUGCGCGAUAUGCCGCACCCGCUAGCCGGCUCCAGCAGCGAGGAGGCCGUAGGAGGCGACAGCACGCCCAGCCCGGACCUACUGAUGGCCCGCAGCUUCGGUGACAAGGAUCUCAUCUUGCCCAAUGGUGGUACUCCAGCAGGCACGUCAAGCCCUGCUUCUUCAUCUUCCCUUCUGAACAGACUUCAGCUUGAUGAUGACAUUGAUGGUGAGACCAGAGAUCUCUUUGUCACAGUUGAUGAUCCCAAGAAGCAUGUCUGCACAAUGGAGACCUACAUCACGUACAGGAUCACCACCAAAAGUACACGGGUGGAGUUUGACUUGCCAGAAUAUUCUGUUCGUCGACGAUACCAGGAUUUCGACUGGCUGAGGAACAAACUGGAGGAAUCGCAGCCUACUCAUCUCAUUCCCCCACUCCCUGAGAAGUUUGUGGUGAAGGGCGUCGUGGAUCGUUUUUCAGAAGAGUUUGUGGAGACCAGAAGAAAAGCGUUGGACAAAUUCCUAAAAAGGAUUACAGAUCACCCCGUGCUCUCCUUCAACCAACACGUCAAUGUGUUCCUCACUGCCAAGGACCUGAAUGCCUACAAGAAGCAGGGGAUAGCAUUGCUGACCAGAGUGGGCGAGUCAGUCAAGCAUGUCACCGGAGGCUACAAGCUGAGGAGUCGGCCUCUGGAGUUUGCAGCCAUCGGAGACUACUUAGACACUUUUGCACUCAAACUGGGAACCAUCGAUCGGAUAGCCCAGCGGAUCAUCAAAGAAGAAAUAGAGUACCUCGUAGAGCUGAGGGAAUAUGGACCUGUGUAUUCCACGUGGAGUGCCUUGGAAGGUGAGCUGGCGGAGCCCCUGGAGGGCGUGUCAGCCUGCAUUGGGAACUGCUCCACGGCCUUGGAAGAGCUGACGGAUGACAUAACAGAAGAGCUUCUGCCUGUGCUCAGGGAAUACAUUCUGUACUCUGACUCCAUGAAGGGUGUGUUGAAGAAGAGGGACCAAGUUCAAGCAGAGUACGAAGCCAAACUGGAAGCCGUGGCUCUGAGGAAGGAAGAGCGUCCCAAGGUGCCAGCAGAUGUGGAGAAGUGCCAGGACAGGAUGGAGUGCUUCAAUGCGGACCUGAAGGCUGAUAUGGAGAGGUGGCAGAGCAACAAGCGGCACGACUUCCGGCAGCUGCUCGUGGGCCUGGCUGACAAGAAUAUCCAGUAUUAUGAGAAGUGCCUCAUGGCGUGGGAGUCGAUAAUUCCACUGCUGCAAGAGAAGCAAGAGGCCAAGUAACUUUGGUUUUGGAACAGAGACUCUUCUGCCUCCACAGGGCAUGGUACCCUGAACCAGAAUGUCCUUGCAGUGCCGGAGAGGUCGCCGUGGGAAAACAGCACAACAGCACCUCUGUGUGUGUGUGUGUGUGUGUGUGUGUGUUUGUGUGUGUGUGUGUGUACUUUCUCACACCCCACCCCACCCACCCCCGCCCCACAGUUGUUGUCAGUUAGUAUUUAUUCCUUGGAGUCUAUGAGGCUGUAAUCAUCUCUCAGCAGAAGCAUACCUCCGCAUUCUGAAGGAACCUCUUAAAUGGAACACUACGAAGACUUGAAAGUGAGGGGCAGGAUAGCCCCCACAUGACAUGUGGCAUCACUUUGGGGACAGAAGCCCAGUCCUGCAUUUCAGGGACAUGGAGAGGCAUAAAGAAAGCAGCUGUGGUGUGCUGUGGAGACCCGCCCUGUGGCUCUGCUCUUUACCCGUCGGGGCGUUAACCUGACCCAGCAUGGAAGGAGGUGUGGGUACCUUCUUGGAAAAUCCUUAAUUUACAGUGUCCUGGCCGUGGCUGUGGCCGUGGCCUGCUGCCUGCUCGCGAUGAGUGUCAUCUGUUACUUGUUUCUGGUUCACACGGGGCCACCUGAACCCGGGUCUGAGCAUCGAUGCUUGAGUGAGCGUCCUUGUCCUUGCGGGAUGCCUCAGGAUCUUGUUUCUGACACCAGAAUGCAACAGAUGAGAAGCUUUUUGCUGUGAACUGGAAAAAAAAAAAGGUGCAUUUUUGCCUGUGAAGGUCUUUGUGUGUGUGUGUUGCUUGUUAACUGUCAUCGUGGUUGGAAUUAGACCUGUUUGGAAACAGCUGUCGUCAGUGACGCUGCUGUGUGCCACCCCAGCUCCAAUGUCUGCUUUGUGCAAGUUGCCUUUACCUCACCAAAAAUGUCUAGUUCCAUCUUCCUGCCGUGCCCACCGACUGUCGGGGCAGCCUUGCAGCGAGGGCCGGUGUGCUGUGUAUUAUUGCCGCCACAAUUUGUAAACUCAGUGUGGCUUCUACAUGAGUCUUUUAACUCUCAAAAUUUGUGAUCAGGAACAAAAAAGCACCUGCAGGUCCCUCAGGACGAGAAGAGUGACGCCAGCUCUUUUGCUUCUGUGGAAAUUUGCUAUGUGGAGAUCUCUAUUUGCAGCCAAAAUCUGGGGGCGGCCUCUGUGCUUAACACCUUCAUUCAAAGCUUUUCAAAUUGCCGUAAAGCCAGCAGUCAGAGAGGCUCUCGCUCCCAUACCGUCGGCCUUGCUAAGAAGAAGCUGUACAUUUGUGUUCUUCACCUGCGGUUCUUUGCUAAAAAGUCUGUAGAUGUGAGUUGCAGGUAAAUAAUGGAAGGCACUUUGUUUCCAAGGCAAAGCAGUCAAGCACUGCUUCAUAUCCAAGUUAGGUUGCAGAUCCAAUCAUCAGACAGCAUGCUAAAUCCUGUAAUUCCCUCUAACAUGGAGUCAGCUGUGUCUGGGACAUCAUGGGACAGCAGCACAAAACAAUUUGUCUUCUCAUAUUUGACAAAUUUGUGAUAGAAAUAAUAGUUCCUGCAUCUAUCGGUACUUACCUAAACCCUAUCUGUGCCAUCCCAAAGUCCUUGAUGUGAAUUUUCUUUGGUACAAAUAGAAAUGGACCACUGAAGCAGACAGUGCGAGCAGCCUGUACACCCCAACUCCAGCGAGUCGGCAUCUCAUUCUACCUCCAGACCACCAGGCUGGUGUGGGGAUGAACGCUCAGAGCCACCCCGAGCGUGCUGGUGGGUCAGGGUGUGUGUUUAGUCACCAGCUGGCCUCCAUUGUGUGUAUCAGCAGACACCAGACUCGCCCAGAGGUGAUUCCAUCCUUGAGAAACAGGAAGCUUUGCUUUGUGGGCUGUACGCUUGAUACAGUGACGUAUUGAUGCGUACAGUAACGUAAUGAUUCAUGGGAAGAACUAUAGAAAAAAUUAUGAAGAAGCUAAAAUUUGAUGGCCAGCUGGCUGCCAAAACCCCAGGUCAGUCCUGUGUGCUGUUUAGUUACAAGAAGAAAGCCCCAUAGAAACAGCCUCCCGCUGUCUGGGGAAUGGAGGGAGGGAAGCGGGUCCACAGCCAUUCCCUCAGGAGAGAUGCCUGUCAUGGCAUCUUGAAAUGUUUUUCUUGUCCUGUUUAUUUGGCCAAUAAGCCAAAUAAUGUCCCUGGGCUUUGAGUUUCCAGAACGAGCUGCAAUAAUGGACACUUUUGUCCCCUCGGAACAGUGUCAGCGGCAGAGCCAGGGACACCCAUGCACAAGGAGGCACUCUUGUCCCUCCCCUCAGGAUGGCUGAGGAGCCGGUGAGCUGAGGAGGCUGGCCUAGAAGGAAAAGGGCAGUGGGCAGUGAGAGGCCUUCCAUGCUCCCUGCUCCAGAGGCUCCCUCAGGUCCUGGGAGCUCACCAGUUGAAAGCAUGCACAAAAGAGAUUCCCUACCUGGAGCGUAGCUCAGAGACCACAGUGCCAAAGUGCCCAGAGUGGCUCCAUUACUUCUGGAGCCUACAAAGCCUUCCCUGAAGUCACAGGCCCCUCUGACUUGUUGCACAUGAGACUUUGCCUUGAGGGUACCAUAGGCAGAGGGCUAUAGACAGCUUUUGAGGCUUGAACACAUGCUGGUGGGAUGAAAGUUAGCCUUAGCAACUGCCCGGGUCCUGAGAAAUGGAGGGCUUGUUCACCGGGUUAGAAAACUGCAGAGGCAAAAGAGGGAAUUCUUAAAGCCAAGGAGAUUUGAGAGCUGUGGUUGUUUAGGACGGUUGUGGUUUGAGGAGGAAAGGAUACUGAUGAUGCUGGGAGUUUGCAAGAAGGAUCUGGGUUGUGCAGCUCAAAACAGGCUCUGCUCUGGAGAGAGGAGGAAGGGAGCCUGCAGCCUGUGUGGGGUCAGAUUUUGAGUUCUCCUGAGGCUCCGUGAGGUGAUUGCUGCUGAGAGGAAAUAGGAUUAGGAUGGGUUUGUGCUUCUCCAAGCUGCUCACUUUCCCCCCCAUAGCUGGAAGAAGAAAGCCCAGCAUGCCUAGGGAUAUAAGGGGAUGGAGUGUGUAGAAUGUACCCUUUGAGCCUGUAAACAGGAGGAAACCAUAUGUGAACACUACAGCCUCUGGUGAGGGCCCUGUGGAAACUUUAAUUUUAGAAAUGGGCAUGGUGACAGUGUUUCUCUUUUAGGACAACUCCCACAGAACACUCACAGGCUUGUGACUUGUCCUGUCCUAGGGCACCGAAGCCAUAGGUAGCUGGUUGUUUCGAUGUGGUCAUUUGAAUCAUGGGAUCGUCCUUACACUACACUAUCCUGAGCUGGUUGGGGUAGGGAGAGGAAGGCAAGAGCUGUCUGAGAGACUGCACUGGCCCUACUGAUUUGGAACUUCUGACGGGCUGGAACAGGGUUCCUGUCUGACUAGGUGGAACUGGCAACCUUGAAGGGUGACUUUUCCCCAGAGGGCAGGGCACACCCUCUGAGUCCCACCUUCCCUCAAGGGGUCUUGCUAAGUCUGAUUGGGAGAGUUUGGACUUCUUCAUGUACAAGACUGUGAUGGGAAUUUGGGGUUGCCUCCUGCCUUUCUAAAGCCUUCAGGAUGGUGACAGGUUGGAUGUGCCUUUUCAGGCCCUGUGGUUUUCCCUGCCCAGGGCAGCAGGGGGCACUUUGCAGUCUAGUUGAGGGAAAUGACCUCUCCUUGACCAGACUGAGAUGCAGUUGGGUGCCAGAGCUGCCUGCUUCCUCCCUGCGGAUAAUUUAGUGAGUAAUCAGGAUCCACUAUUCUACUAACCCACUCUGUAGGUUGUCAGUGUUCCAUUCUGAAAGUAUCCCCAUGGUCACACACAUCAGAGGACAGGGACUCUGUGUCUAAGAAGGCUGAGGUGAGGGCUCUGUUUUGAGGCAGACUGUUCUCUCUUAGUCUUAUCUGUUUGAAUAUUCCUGGGUAAUACUUUAUGUGUGGCAGAAACCCCCGUUACCAAAGUAGUUUUUAACUACUGUAUUUUGUAAAUAAGUGUUGUGGGGGUAAAAACCUUUAAAAGAUCAGUAAGAUGUGUCUCAUAUUUAUGAACUUAACACUUGAAAACCAACACACCCAGAAAAAAGCCACAGAUUGUUUAAAAGCCUAAUUGUUGUUCGUAAGAAUUUGUCAGUACCUACUAAUUGCCUUACUCUUUAGCAAGAGGUUUAAAGAGACUGCAUAGAAAGUUUUACACGUGGAAGCAGUUGAUGUAGAAAUUCCAUACAGGCAGCUGCCGCCCUCUUGAAGUCUCAACCAGAAGGUGGGGGCCACGGAAGGAAGGCGGCCUUUCAGGUGGCAAGAUUAAAUAUUGCUGUUGCCAAAUAGUAUUUGAAAUAAUACCAGGAAACAGGGGCCGCAGUACUGUUUGAUGUUUUAGAGUGAGAAAGACGAAGGUUCUAUGCUUUGGCAUAGUUUGGUAGUGGAGGAUACAGACAGUAUCAGCAGUGACAAAUCACACCGCCUCAAAAAAUCCUCUAGUUUAUGACAGCAUGACAGGUUUACUCUGCUUCUGCAGAAUGGACCCCAGAGCUCAUUUAGGAUAGAGAUUCUCCAAAGGUUGAAAUGCCAGAUAACAUAAAACAUGUUCUGUCCACUCAAUAUUAAAGCCAGGGUGAAAUACCGCAUACACCUUUCUCCCUGAAGUACUGCCCAAGUACGUGGUGACUUGGGGCUCCCCACAGUCCAGCUCAGAGCAGCUAACACCUGUGCACACUGUGGUGGACAGGCUGGUCGACGGCCUUAGACUCACGUUCUCCUGAGAUGCAGGAGGGGAGGAGGGAUUUUUCCCAGACUGCAGAUUGGUGUAACAAAGCAAUGGCGGGUCUUCAUCCAGGAACAAGCCAGCACAAACCAGCAUCUUCUACCAGUUAGUACUGGCCUGCACCAUGCUGAGGGUUGGGCCUCUCCCUCAGAGUCCCUUCUCAUAGUAUUUCUGUGUGCCUGUUCCCUUCAAGCCUGAAUCAGGAAUACGGGGAGAGACAGCCGACAUCUUACAGACUCCCACAAAACAAACUGCCAGCAAACUUUCUAACUUGUAUUUUAACUGUUUGAGGGGGAAUUAAAACACAUUUUUGAACUUUUUUUUUUUAAUUGUUCUUUAGGUUUAAAACUUGCAGAGAUAGAAGCAGGCUUCUGAGGUAUGGGGUCUUGCUGUGUGCUCUCUCUCCGUGCUGCCAUUAAGCCAAAACAAAAGCUGUGAACAUGAGUGCUUGAGAGAAUGUGUGUUGAUAGGAAAGUGAUUGAUUUACAGAUCCAAGUCUUUGUCUCAUGAUACUACCAAAAAAAGAAUGUCACCUUUUUUCUUUGUUGUGGAACCAGAGAUUAUAAAAACGAAAAAAAAAGUUGUUCUGUUGUAUUUUUGAUGCUGGCUCAAGGUUCUUGUCCACUUUGGUUUUUCGUAUCUCUGUAUGUAAGAAAUUCUGUUUGUUGUUUACUAUGGAAUUAGUAUUACAUUUUGAGGUAAACAAAGAAUUUGUAUUGCUUGAUAAACUAUUAGCUUGUAAAUUAAAAUUUUUUUCUUUACCUCAGUUAACUUAAGUAAUGGACCAAUAAACCUAUAAAAGAUGCUUUAUUUA